UUCAAUGGAAUUACGAAUGAUGACCACAAAAUUGUACGAUAAAUUGCAAUUUGAAAUUUUUUUCUGCACUUUUUUAAAUAAAGGGUCACUUGGGAGAGUAGGUCGUAAACAAUUCAGACAAGCCAAGGAUUUUAAGGAAUAAUUGUGAGGAUGAAUGGCCCAAGACGCUGGAGUAAAGCGAUCAAGAGGAAGAGAAAAUCGCAGGACGACGUGGUAGCUUCCAAGGAAGAUGAAGUUCCAGAUCCUCCAGAGGAUCCUGACAACAACAACAAGGAUGACCCAACACUGGACGUCUACGAGGCCCAGAUGAAUUCCGAUCUCUCAUUAUACGGUUUUCACCUGUACUUCGAUAAAUUAUCAAAAAUCACUGAGAAGCGCGUAGUCGAGAAAUCAGGAAUAGCCCAAGGUUUUUUCACUCGAAAUCCGGACGCCCUUGUCCCCAGCAAAUCCGGUCCUUCCUUCAACCUUGACAUGAAGCGAUUCUCCAUUGACAAGGAGUUCGUGGAGGAAUGGGAAAAUUUUCCAGAAGACAUGGAGAAAAAUCCGAGAGAGACAUUGAAUAUCCUUGGUCUUGCACUCCACCAGGUGCUGGUCAACUCGAAAUUGAAUGGGGCUGGUAUAAAUUCGGGUGAUGACAUAAAUUUGCCUACGAUCAGAGUAAAUAUUGUUAAUUACAGGCCACUUGUUGCACUGAGAGACAUCAUGAUUGACAGUUAUGGAAAACUGAUAGGAACGAGGGGAUGUGUGAUAAGAGUUGGUAGGCCAAAGUACAUGGCCCAGUGGUUGCCCUUUUCCUGUGAUAAAUGCAGCAAUUGGAUGGUAAUGAGACAGCCUGAUGGCAUAUACAAACUCCCGAAGAAGUGCAAGACCUGUGGCACAUGUAAAUUCACACCUAGAUUGGAUUCACCACAUGUCAAGAGUAUUCCAUUCCUCGUUAUCAAAUUGCAGGAGCAUUUUGAUGAUAAUCAGGACGACAAGGGUAAGAUGCCGAGGGUUGUUGAGGUCGAGCUCGUAUCUGAUCUUGUGGAGAGCUGCAUGCCUGGGGAUGACAUCACCGUCGUGGGAAUUGUCAAGAUAAGGGGAACUGAUGAUGGCAAUCAGAAUAAAAAAACCACUGCUGAGGCCAACGCUCUGUACAUCGAGGCUGUAUCUAUCGUCAAUAAUAAAAACAAAGCUAGAAAUAGGACUGCUCUUGGAGUGGAUCUUGAUCAUCAGGAUUACAUUUUUAUCAAGAAUAUUCAUGACAGUCAUGAUGUAUUUUCGUUGCUCGUCAGAUCACUUUGUCCUGCCAUUUAUGGGAAUGAAAUCAUCAAGGCUGGCCUUUUGCUCAGUUUAUUUGGGGGUUGCGCUAAGCACGACUCCUUGAGGAAUGAUCUUCAUGUGCUGCUGGUUGGGGAUCCUGGGCUUGGGAAGUCUCAGUUACUUCAGGCGUGCUCGAGGAUCUCUACAAAAGGUGUCUACGUGUGUGGUAACUCCAGCACAACAUCAGGAUUGACAGUGACACUCACAAAAGAAAAUGGCACGAAUGAUUUUGCCCUGGAGCCCGGUGCCCUAGUCCUGGCGGACAAAGGUACGUGUUUCAUCGACGAAUUCGACAAAAUGCCAACGCAACACCAAGCACUGCUGGAGGCAAUGGAGCAGUCGAGUGUGUCAGUGGCAAAAUCAGGAAUAAUCUGUUCUCUGCCAGCGAGAACUUCCAUAGUGGCAGCUGCCAAUCCAAUCGGUGGCAAGUACAAUAAAUCAAAGAGCUUCACCGAUAACCUGAACCUCAGCGAGCCCCUUCUCUCCAGAUUCGACCUGAUUUUCCUGCUACUGGACGUCCCCAGCGAGCAGAUGGACACCCUGAUGUGUGCUCACGUGAUGAGUGCCCACCGAGGCAGCAAAAUUGUCGCCCCAAGUCGCUCCUCAUCGAGUCUGACCGAGUUCAAUCCACCAGGUCAUCAAACCCUCAUCACCCUCAGGGAAAGGCUGACUCUCAGCAGCGACGACCUCAUUCCCCAGUCGAUCCUCAGAAAGUACGUCUCGUAUGCAAGACUCUAUGUCAAGCCCAGGCUGUCACCUGAUGCUGCCAACAGACUCAAAGAUUAUUAUCUCUCCCUUCGCCAGAAUAUCUCCAGUCAUCUGCCAAUUUUUCAUCGACAGCUCGAGGCUCUCAUCAGACUGACAGAGGCACGAGCCAAACUUGAGCUGCGAACUGAAGCCACUGAUGCUGAUGCACAGGAGGUAAUCGAAAUUUAUAAAUACACUUUGGCUUCUGUACCAUCUGCUGGAGCUGCUGGUCCUGGAGUCAGUCAUGAUUCUGGAAAAAUCACUGGGAAAAAAGUAUCAGCUUUUAUCUCUUUGCUCCAGCAGUUGGAGCUCGAGGGGGGGCAGGCUCUUCUGUCGAAGACGGAUUUGAUGGAAAUUGCUAAUCAGGGGGGAAUUGUUAUCAAUGAAUUCUCCAGGUUUAUCAAUAAACUCAAUGACGAGGGGAUAUUGAUCAAGAGGGGACACGAUUUGUAUAAAUUUGUUAAUUUGUGAAUUAUUCAUUAUUAUAGAAACUAUUCGGAAUUAUUGUUAUAUUUUAU